AUGAGCACUCAAGUUCUAAAGAUGCUGGAGAGUUCUGAAGUAAAUAAAAAGACCCCAUCAGACUUCCCAUAUUCCUUCACUGAGGAUGGACAUCUCUGUCAUGUAGCCACACUGAAACCCUACAAGUUCCCGUUCCAGCUCAAGGACGUUCAAGCGACCAUGAGGGAACAUACAACUCUGUGCUGCUACAUCUCCCAGCAUGUUUACAGUCUCCUUGAAAAUAAGUGUAACUUGAUCAAGGUGUACCUGGACAAAGGAAGCCGAUCUGAUUCCCCUGCUCCUGGAUUUGUCUACAUGAGUCCAGGGGCUUUGGGACAUCAUGGGAUGCUAAUGGUCCUGAUCCAGGGUAAAGGCACUAUAAGGUGUGGCGUGUGGAGUUGGAGAGCUGUAGCCCAUGAGGGUCUAGAGAGAGGGAGUCAGAUCCCAUACGUGCGCUGGGCUUUGGAGGAAUCCUGUGCUGUUUUGUUAAUGAACCCCAACGAAGAAGCAAUGACCCCAGAGGAGCAUGUGCUCCAGGUGUGGGAUCAGUUACUGCUGAACAGCACUGCAGAGCAAAUCGCAGUGGUGGCACAUGGUCACGGAGGUUUAGCUUUUGUUCAUCUCCUGUGCUGUAGGUUGGAAGAGAUACAACAACGGAAGUGUGCAGUGGCCUUCGUCGAUUCUUCACACAACCUGUGGCAUCAGCCGCUCGGCCCUUCGGGACGCGAUUGGAUCAAGGUACAUUCCAGCACAUGGGUGCUGAGCAGCAAGCCCAAGAAUCGGCUGGUGGGGUCACUGAAGGCGGGGUGUAGGAUGAUGUCAGCAGGGACACAGUGCCAUGAGACGGCGCCUGCUGUGUGCAUGGAAUCGAUAUUACGCUUCUUUACCAAACUGAUGAGGCCUGCAGUCGUACCGACGCCCUUCGGGAUCGUUACUAGAAGCAGGAGCCUUAGCGUGAGAAAAAUGAGCAGCACCACAGACGGAAACAAUAAUACUUCCUGA